AUGGCACCAUCCUUCUUGAAAGGCUACUUUGGCUUCGGGGGUAAUUCGACAGUGGAUGAGCUUGAAGAGGGUAAAAACCCCAUUCGCGCCUUACCCGCCAGUUGGUACACUUCGCCAGAGCUUUAUGAGCUUGAACGACGAGCAAUCUUUUCCAAAAAGUGGUUGCUUACUACACACAAGAUUAGACUUGCCAACCAGGGUGACUGGUUGCGAUAUGAUGUGGCUGGAUAUCAGUUUAUUAUUACCAAGGAUCGACAAGACAACAUCAAUGCCUUCCAUAAUGUCUGCAGGCAUCGAGCCUUUCCAAUUGUGACCAAGGAAACCGGUCACAACAGUGUAUUGGCCUGCAAGUAUCAUGGGUGGUCUUACGGUCUCAAUGGAAAGUUGGCAAAGGCACCAGGAUAUCAAGACAUGGAGGACUUCGACAAGUCUAAGAAUGGGUUGUUUCCGCUUCACGUCCAUGUUGACAAGAAUGGAUUUAUCUGGGUGAAUAUGGACGCCAAUGCAGUCCCUGAAAUCUCUUGGGAGCAAGAUUUUGACGGGGUGGACGAGCAACCCCGAUUUAAUAAUUACAACUUCGACGACUACGUCUUCGACCACUCCUGGGAGAUGGAGGGAGAUUACAACUGGAAGAUUUUGGCCGAUAACUAUAACGAGUGUUAUCAUUGCAAGACAACACACCCCGACAUUCCGACGAUAGCAGACCUAAACUCGUAUUAUGUCGAGACCAAGGGGUGUCACAUUCAACACUUUGGAAACCCAAAGCCAGAGCAGAUCGCACGUGGCCUCAACGUCGCCAGCACUUACUUUUUCCCCAAUGCGUCAAUGAACGUUUCACCACACUUUUUCUUCAUGCAGAGAUUUGUACCUCUUAGCCCUGGCAAGGCGAUUAUGAAGUAUGAGGUCUACAGAAACAAGAAUUCAAGUGAUGAGGAUUUCAAACUUAUUGAUGACAUGUACAAGCGAAUCAUGUCGGAGGACAAGGUUCUUUGCGCUAAUGCGCAGAAAAAUAUCAACACUGGCGUGUUUAUCAAUGGCGAGAUGCAUCCCAAGAUGGAGAAGGGCCCGUUGUACUUCCAAAAGUUGGUGCGAGAGCUGUUGACGGAGCACCACCAGCUGGAAACGGAAGUGGGAGAGGAGGUAUGGCCAGCACGUCAAACGCUGCCCAAGAGUGCGGUAGCGGCAGAGAAAGAUGUCAACUUCUGCUCAGCCGUGGAUUGCUGCAAAAUCAACCGGGUGGCUGUUGAGGUGUAA